CGGCUGUAUUUCCCGCCAAAAUCUAUCGGGGCCUUUCAUCGACGGCUGGGUUUCCCGCCAAUAUUCGGUGAAGCGAAGCCAAUCGACGAUCGAAGAUGAACGAUCUUCUUCAGUGUUGUGCAGAAGCUGGUCUUGGUGCUGAAAUGGCGAAGUCAAGCAGCCAGGUUAUGUACCCAGCUUUUCUCAGUUGUGAACAGGAUGAUGGAAGCAAUGCUCUUGUCCUACCGUCGCGCGGGAGGAAGGGAAAGCCCUCUGCGGCUGCAAAACAGGAUCCGGUUGCGCAGCCUGAGCUCGGCAAAAGACAGAGAAAAAGUUUACAGAGGAAGCUGCGGAAGAUUCAGGAAGAGAAGGAGAAACGCGAAAGACAACUGCUGGUGUUCAAGACGUUGGAGCAGCACAAACUCAGCGACGACACUCUGGAACUGCUGCAUCCAAGCAGCAUGAGAGGACAGACCGAGACAAUGAAGGUAAUGCUGAGGCGAGCGAUGAAAUACGAGCGAGCUGGCUUGCCAGUGCCGGCAGAUGUCCCACUUCUCCGGAAAAGGAAGUGCUCCACAGAUCUUGAGGGGAUGGAGGAUAAUGCAGAUAGUGAUGACAAUCAUGAUGAGGAUACUAGAGCACUGGGAGGGCAAAGCAGAGGCGUCGGUAAUGGAUCUCAGAAUUUGUCUGACUCAGCAACAAGGAUCAUGCCUGCAAGUGCUGUUGGACGGCCUCAUGGAGGUGCUGGGAAGGAAGAUGUCAAGGAAACAGGAGAUGGAGGUAUGGUGAGAAACUUACAGCAAGAGAACAAGAUGAUGAUGGGGAAUACCGAACCGCGGGCAGAGGCGGUGUUGAAUACUGGGAAUCAAUUACGAACGGAGGAUGAUGGUGGUGUUGAGGUCCGUCGGCGGCAACACAGUAAUGAAAGCAUGGACAAUGAAAGAGGUCGAUCCAGCAAUGACGGAGAAGCUGGCAUGAAGCAGGGAGACACUGCGCAAAAUCGCACUGACGGUGGGGAAGUGCCACGGGAUGGAGAGGGAGAGAAGAGGGGAAGGAGAAAGAAGAAAAGGAGGAGAAAGGAUUCAAAGGAAAACCAGGAAGUGAAUGAGGCAACUGCAGGCAAGGACAGACUUCUUGCAGAUGCAGACAUGAAGAAUACAGCAGCCUGUGGAACGGCGACGAAUGUGAAUGACACGGAGACGAAUGUGAAUGACGCACAGAGGAGGGCAAAGGCUUUUGUUGUCAGUACUCAGCGGUUGGAGGAGGUUCAAAAGGGUCGCUCAAAGCUUCCAAUCAUUGGAAUGGAACAGGAGAUAAUGGAGGCUGUGACGGAGAACGCAGUCAUAGUUGUUUGUGGAGAAACUGGUUGUGGGAAAACCACCCAGGUCCCACAGUUCCUGUAUGAGGCUGGCUAUGGCGCAGCUCUGUGCAAGGAACAUCCCGGCGCCAUUGGUGUGACACAGCCACGACGAGUGGCGGCAGUGACCACUGCCAAGCGAGUGGCAUAUGAACUGAAUGUACAGCUGGGAAAGGUGGUGGGGUUUCAAGUGCGGUAUGAUCGACAAGCAGGGGAAGGUGCAGCAAUUAAGUUCAUGACGGAUGGAAUUCUGCUUCGUGAAGUACAGUCAGACUUCUUGCUGCGGAAGUACUCUGUGAUCAUAAUUGAUGAAGCACAUGAACGCAGUCUCAAUACAGACAUUCUCAUCGGGCUCUUGUCGCGGAUUGUGCCUCUUCGUCAGAGUUUGUUUGAAGAACAACAAGCCUCGCUGAAGAAGAAGAAGCCGACCUCCACGAUCAACUCCUCAGAUUGCAUCACACCUCUGAAACUGAUCAUCAUGAGUGCGACAUUGCGUGUCGAGGACUUUGUUGAGAAUGCACAGCUUUUCCGGAACCCUCCUCCAGUUGUCAAAGUGCCAGCCAGGCAGUUUCCGGUGACAGUUCACUUCAGCAAGCGGACGGAGCUCGUGGAUUAUGUUGGCGCUGCCUAUAAAAAAGUCUGUCAAAUCCACCGUCGGCUGCCACCUGGCGGGGUAUUGGUAUUCCUAACUGGGCAAAGGGAGGUUGAGUGGCUUUGCAGAAAGCUUCGGAAAUCGUUCAACAAGGGAGGAAAGCUGCUGUCAAGAUCUGGUGAAAACGACGAAUUCAAAGCCAAGAGCGACGAAGCAGAUAAAGGUGAUGUCAGUGGUUCUGCCAGUGAACUGAAGGAUGAGGCAAAAGAGGACGAAGAGAUCUGGAAGGCUGCGGAUGGAGACGAUCAACGAGUUGGGAAUGAGGAAAACAUGCAUGGACCAAGGAGAAGGGGUGGUUGGCAUGCAUAUGGACAAGACAGCGUCGAGGUUGAAGAUAUAGAAAACAACAAUGAAGAUAGCGAAGAGGAGGAGGAGGAGGGGGGGGAGGAGGAAGAGGACGAGGACGAGCAGGUGGAGAACAGCGAAGGUGAGGAGUGGAAUGAUUCGCGAGAAGGAAGAUGGUGGAAAACUCUGCAAGAGAAGGCUGAGAAUGGAGAUGGAGAACAUGGGAAGGACAAGGUUCAAGGUAAUGAUGAUGAGGAAGGUAACAAGGAGAAAAGUGACAUGAGAAUAGCUGAUGAUCGGGUCACUCCGGAGGAACCUCAAACACAGGAGCUGGAGGGUGGUAUUACAUCCCUUGGUUCUGACAUUAUGGACAAGAAAGAGAGAGGGAAGGGAGGGGCUCCUCCGAAGAAGAUGCAUGUCUUGCCUCUCUAUGCCAUGCUGCCGGCCAAAGUGCAGCUGAGGGUGUUUGCCCCUCCUCCAGAAGGCUCACGGCUUGUCGUUGUUGCAACCAAUGUUGCGGAGACCUCUAUUACCAUUCCUGGAAUCCGAUAUGUUGUGGACUGUGGACGUGCAAAAGAACGCGAAUAUGACCGAGCAAGUGGUGUAUCAAGCUUUGAGGUGGAUUGGAUCAGCAAGGCAUCUGCAGAUCAGAGGGCGGGAAGGGCAGGAAGAACUGGACCUGGACACUGCUACAGGCUGUAUUCGUCUGCAGUAUUCAACAAUCAAUUCGAGCAGCAUCGUCUUGCGGAGAUUCAUCGUUCACCGAUUGAAGGCAUUGUGCUUCAGAUGAAGGCUAUGGGUAUAGACAAGGUGCUGAAUUUUCCUUAUCCGACUCCUCCUGAUCGUGGCUUGCUGUCUGCUGCUGAGAAGUCUCUGAUGGUUUUGUCAGCACUUACCCCGGGGGCAGGCCUCCUAACUCCUAUUGGUCGAGCUAUGGCAGUAUACCCAAUCAGCCCUCGACACUCUCGCAUGCUUGUGGCAGCGAUGACAGCGUUACGGCACCAGCCUGUGGUCGCUUCGAAAGCUCAAUCUAAAGUGGCACAGAAAGCGAAGGUCUGUCUCGCGUACGUUUUGGCUAUUGCUGCAGGUCUGAGUCUUGAGAGUCCAUUCUUAUGGGCCGGAGAUAGCGAGGGUGACGGUGAAAAGCGGCAGGUUGAACAGAACCUUUCGGGUGGGCAGGGGGCAGAUGGAAGGACGCAAGGCCAGGAAGGUGUUGGGAUGACGCUGGAGGCCGGGCAGGCACAGGGUGAUGAGAAGAAGGAUGACGAUUGGAUGUUGCAGCAAGCCAAAGAGAAGAGGACAGCAGCGAGGAAAGCUGCAGCGAUUGCUCGUGCUCAGUUUUCCAACCCAACAAGUGAUGUGCUGACAGUUGUUAAUGCUCUGAGAGAAUAUGAGAAGGCGGAGAAAAGGGAGGAGUUCUGCACGGCAGCUUUCCUUCACUUGAAGACAAUGGAGGAGAUGGUUAUGCUCCGUAAGCAGCUUGUGAGGAUUGCUGUGCGGCAAUGGGAACAGCAGAAAGAAGAAGACGAAUGCACAGACGCAGCAGUUUGGCUGGAUCUGAGAGAAGAGGACCUAGAACUUGAAGGUACAUUGGACACGAAGGGCGAAGAGGUCGUGAGGAGAGCAAUCUGUGCCGGUUGGGCAGAUCGUGUGGCAAGACGUUUACAUCCGGGGAAAAAUGCGAAGCUUGAUUCGAAAAACGGUGGAGAGGAGGAGGCACACGAUAAGCGACGACGAGCUGUACGGUAUCAAGCAUGUUCCUUAGAUGAGACAGCAUAUUUGCACCCAUCAUCAUCAGUUGCAAAGGAAGCGCCUGAUUGGGUAGUGUACAGCGACAUCAUGGUCACGUCAAGACCGUACAUGAGGGGAGUGACUGCGGUGAAUUCAAGAUGGCUUGCGACGGAGGCACCCGCAAUGUGCACAUUUCCGAAGCCACUUGACGAUCCUCCGCCAUGGUAUGCAGCCGAGGAGGACAAGGUCAAGUGUUGGGUCGUCCCAACUUUUGGUCCUCAUCUUUGGGAAUUACCACCACAUGGAAUUGAAAUGAAGGCAGGGAGGGAGAGGGUGUCUGUGUUUGCCAAGGCAUUGCUCGAGGGGAAGGUGUUCCCGAGCAUGAAAGAGUUGACGAAUUGCCUCGUUGCCGACCCCGCGCUGAUCCUUAAAAAGGAGGGAGCGGGGCAUGUCAGGGUAGGGGAGCUCUUAUCCGCGAUGGGCUGUAGGAUCCUGGCAAAAGGAGCAGCAGCGGCAAUACACAGAGUGGACAGCAGGUCGAAGCUACUCCCACGGCUAUCGAGUGACCCAUCGUUCCUGCGUAACGAGUUAGUUAUGUGGGUAAGGGAACACGAGCGGGGUAGAUUGGAGAGAAUAUGGGGCGAGAUCGCACGGCAGGCACGAGCAUCAGCCGAACCUGAUCGCAGUGACCGGAAGGAUGUCAGAUCUACAGCAGGCUUUGGAAGUUCUAGUCAUCAGGCGGCGGACGGCUCUGUUCGGAAGGGGAGGAAUGAUAAUACACGCUGCAAACAGGAUGGCUCUGAUCAUGAGAUGGGUGCAGUAGGAUUUAACAGCCCAGAGAAGACAACGGUUAAGCUGUCAGAGGUCACCCUAGCACAGCAGCAGCAUUUCAGAGGCACCGAACAAGAGAUGGACCUGGCGGAAGUCCGCGGUUCUGAGAUGAAGAGGGUGAAGCUGUCAGAGGUAAUCCACAGACUGCAGCAUUUCAGAGGUUCUGGCGGGAAGAGGGUGGAGCUGUCAGGACGCGUCCAGGCAAAGAAGCAUUUCAGAUUCGCAAAGCAAAUUAUGAUGAACGAGCUUAGGCGAAAAUGUCAUAAGCGGCCUAUCAGGCCUGUGGAGCAGAAGUGAGCAGCUAGGUAUGGAGGUGAUGGCGGUUUUCAAGAGUGGCAAGAAGCCGAGGAAGAAGGACCCUAUGAAGAAAUGGAAAAGGAAAAAGACGGGACUCACUCGGUAAGGCAAGAGCGGCGAAAUUAGAAAGGCAAUUGGCCAAGAAGGGUGCAAAUGUGAAAGCAUCCAAAUGAACUUUCUAAUCGUUG